AUGCCUUCUGGUAAACAGAGAAUAAUCAGCUUUGGAUUGAAUGAAACCAAGCUGAAUCAAGCUAGGAAAACACAAUCUGGGUUAAGGGGAACAAAAAAUGGGGACUUUUUCUCAAUAUGGAAUUAUGAUGGCAAAAUUGCAUAUGAAGACAUCAUUGAAGAGACAAAAGACUUUGACAUUAUAUAUUGCAUUGGAACAAGCGGUUAUGGUAGUGUUUACAAAGCACAGUUGCCCAAUGGUAAAGUGGUUGCCUUAAAGAAACUUCAUUGCUUAGAAGUUGAGGACCCAACUUUUGACAAGAGUUUCAAAAACGAGAUCAAAAUGUUAACAAAAAUUCGACAUAGAAAUAUUGUUAAACUUUAUGGCUACUAUUUGCAAAAAAGAUGCAUGUUUUUGGUCUAUGAGUACAUGGAAAUGGGAAGCUUGUUUUCUGUCCUAAGCAAUGAUGUUAAGGUUGUGGAAUUGGAUUGGAUGAAAAGGAUGACUGUCAUCGAAAGUAUAGCUCAUGCCUUAUCUUAUAUGCAUCAUGAAUGUGUCCAAGUUAUUGUUCAUCAAGGUAUAAGCAGCAACAAUAUUCUAUUGAACUCUGAGUUGGAGGCUUUUGUCUCUGAUUUUGGUAUGGCUAGAAAUCUUGAUCCGAAUUCCUCCAAUCAGACUUUACUUGCUGGGACUUUUGGUUAUAUUGCUCCAGUCCCUGUUUAG